GAAGCAAUGGGCAAAUCGAAACCGCGACCCUCAGCGGAGUCCGCUGCCCGGCGGAGGGGGAUUGCGACUGGUGGUAGGACAACUCCCAGCCAAAUGAAGAAGAAAACCAACUCAAAACCGAAAUGCUUGAACGAGCAAGAAAUUCCAUACCGGUUGCGGGAAAUAAUGAGGAGCCGUGAUGAAUUAAAGAACUCUAAGAACAAGAAGAAAAAGAAGAAAGAGAAAACCGCAAGCGAACAGAGCCCUAGAUCGGAAGGUGACAUACCAGUACCGAAAUUCAGGAGGCGGAAAGGGGAGGAGGAAUCUUCUUAUAUCUGGCGGAUGGAGCGGGAAACACAGCAUGUGCUGUUCCUCACCAAAAACCAGCUGCAGCGUGAGCCCGAGAAAGAAGAGCCAGUCCAAGAGAAGUCCCAGAAGAAAAAGGAAUUUCAGAGGAAGAAGCUGGAUAGAAUCCGUAAGCGAAAAGAGGAGAAAAAAGUAUCAAUGCUGGAGGAGGAAUUCCUUAAAGACUCAGUGAAGUUUGGAGAAGUUGCUUUACAGCCCCCAACUCUUACAGCAAAACCAAGAAAAGGUGUCAUCAAAGACAAGGCUGGACAGAGGCAGCUUCUGUUAAAGUCUCUCUUGGGCUCUGGUAGCACCCCCUCCACACAGACAGCAGUCCGUGCAUCUCUGGCUCGCCAGAGGAUCGUGCAGGAGGAAAGAGAACGGGUCGUCCAAGCCUACCGGGACAUAAAGAAACGCAAGCAACGGCUAUUGACUGAGAGCCAACUCGCUAUGGACAAACUAAAGAAGCCAGUCUGAGUUCUUAGAGUGCUUCCGCUUUUCCUGAAAACACAGGACCAUUUUAGUACAAGGACAAAACAGCAGCCAAGUCUUGUCAUGCAUUCAAAUGGUCCCCUUUUGGAUGAGUUUAUCCGGCCACCUGGGCAAGCAGAUUAAAUCUAUUUCAUGUGUGAUGGACAGUUGGGGUAGUUUAUGGGUCUGCAUCCAUCGCUCCUAGAAGCAGCGUGAAUUCUUUCCAAGGCAUUUUUCUUGGCUCAGCUCUGGACCUGUGUACCCAGCAAUGAUAGCACCACCACAAUUGCUUCCUGCAUCCCUGUCUCUGCAUCCCUGGGAUGCUGAUCCCAGGGAUCAGCAUCCCUGUCUCUGGGGCACAAGAAUGGAAGCUACUUCUUGGUCAGCCCAGCCCAUCUCAAGGCUGUUUUGGUGUGCCUUAGAAGCCUCUCUGCCAUGGCUAGAACAGUGGUUGGGAGACUUUUCUUCUGUUAAACGUUGUGUUCCGGUUUG